GUGUGAUAAAUUGAUAGAUCGCUUGUGUGUCUCCGCAUAAAUUGGACGCAUCGGAAACAAUUAAUACAUUAAGAUAUGCGUCCAGAGCUAAGAAAGUCAAAACCCAUCCCAUCGUUCAAAUGGAUCCGCGAGAACUGCUAAUACUGAGUCUGAAACGAGAGGUCCGUUUACUACGGAUGGAAAACAACUAUUUGAGACAACAGCUGAAUCUCGGCAAUGGAUUCUUGCUUAACACCAUCAGUAAUGGCGACACCACUGACAGGACUGACAACAGACCCACUUCUCAGGGCUCGUCAAACGCAUCGAUCGUCGAAAGCAACGGACAAAUGGACACCGGAUUGGAAUUACAGCCAAAAAUAUUUAACAAAUAUAUGCAGGAAAAUGAAUCCUUGCGGGCCGAGAACUCGUCGCUUCACCAACAAAGGCAAACCCUAAUACACGACCACGAAUUGGUUUGUCGGGAGAACGAGCGUCUUCUUAGAAGACUGUCUGCCGCCGGACAUAAUGCUCACAACAACACCAAUGGUAUGACCAAUGCGUCGAUCGCUGAUCAAAGCGUUGACAGCAAUGGCUUAUCAGACGAUCGCAAAGGUAUGAAAGACCUAAAGGGGAAUCGAAGGCAACCAUUUGAUAAUGAGAGGCAAACAAAGGUCGGACACCACUCACAGCCGCCGCUCCAACUCAACGGUUCUGUAGGCAUGUCUCGCGAUCACUGA